AUGGAAAAUAGGAGACUGCUCAGAAGUUAUCCAGAAAAUCUUUAUAUACCUUAAAAAAUCUAUUCAGAAAUUCCAGAUAUAAAUCAUUAUUAGCAUAAGGCAAUAAAAAUGGUAUAAAAAUUCACAAACUAAUGGCCCUGAAGCUAAAAACUACGAAAUUUCUUCAAUUCUUGGUACCACUUUUGAACUAGAUCGCCGAUAUGUAAUACUUAAUGUAAUCGGCUCUGGUGCAUAUGGAACUGUAGUGUCUGCUACAGAUUCACAGAACGGCCAAAAUGCUGCUGUAAAAAGAAUGGAAAAAUCAUUCGAAAAUGUAUUAAUGGCUAAACGGGCCUUAAGAGAACUGAUAACGUUGAGAAUUCUAAAUCAUGAAAAUAUUAUUAGAAUAAAAACAAUCCAGCUCCCUUUUUCACGAAAUGAUGUGGAAGAGAUUUACAUUGUUAGCGAACUAAUGGAAGCUGAUUUAAGUACAGUAUACCCUAUGGCAGAUUAUAGAUUAAUCUAGAAAAACGAUUAUAGAUGAUAAAUUUUGCCAAAUUGCUAUUUAUAGUUAUUAUUUUAAUUUAUAAAUACAGAAAAACAAUUCCAAUCCAUAAUUCGUGGUAAGCUAUAAUAAAAUCAAGACAAACACUAACAGAUGACCAAUGCCAAUUUUUUUAUAUUGUAGAAAUUUAAAUAUAAAAGCCUGUAUAUUAAUGUGAUAAUAAACAUCAUUAUAAUUAUAUGUAGAAUAUAUCAAUUAUUAAGAGGCUUAAAAUACAUGCACAGUGCUAAUAUUCUUCAUCGAGAUUUAAAACCAAGGAAUAUAUUAGUCAAUCGGAACUGUGAUCUAAAAAUAUGCGAUUUUGGCUUGGCUAGAUUUGUAAAUAAUAAUAGAAAUGCUUUGAAUUUAAGGACUAUGAGUGAUUAUGUGGCAACAAGAUGGUAUAGAGCUCCAGAAUUGUUAUUAUCAACCCAUACAUAUACAGCAGCUAUGGAUGUAUGAUCAGUCGGAUGCAUUUUUGGAGAAUUAUUAUUAAGAAAGCCUAUUUUUCCAGGAAGUGAUGCCACUAAUCAGCUUGAGCUUAUUAUAAAUGCCUUAGGCUCCCCUUCUCCAGAAGAAAUUGAAUCUAUUCCUCACAUAGAAUCCCGAGAAACCUUAAAGCGCAUGCACAAGCGCACCAAAAAACCUUUAACCAUGAUAAUUCCUAACGCAAAUCCUCAGGCCUUAGACUUGCUUGAAAAACUAUUAGCUUUUUCUCCAUCAAAACGCAUAUCAAUUUCUGAAGCCUUAUCUCAUCCUUAUUUAUCCUCAUUUCAUUGCCCAGAAGAUGAGCCAAUUUGCACAGAAGAUUUCCGAUAUGAGUUUCGCUUUGAAGAUGAAAAUUUAGACAUAGAAGACCUCAAAGAUUUAUUGUAUGAAGAAAUCCUGCUCUAUCAUUUUCCUGGAAAAGUCGAGGAAUAUAAUAAAGCCAAGGCAGAAUUUCUGUUAAAAAUUAAUUAA